AUGCCUACAACCUACAUCAUCACUGUCAAGGACGGCGAAAACAAGGAAGAAGUCAAACAGCACGUCAUCGACUCCGGUGCUAAAAUCACCCAUGACUACACUCUCAUUCAUGCUUUUGCUGCCGAAUUCCCAGAUGAUGCCGUUACAACUUUCCAAGACCAUCCGAAGGUCUCUGCCUGGGAGAAGGAUCAAGAAGUAAAGACCCAAGUAAAUUAG